CUGGACCAUCAGCGAAAGUAGACUCUUCCUUCAGAGCAAUAUUACGCAAAUUUGCACGAGUUUUAAAACGCUAUAGUCAACCGUGAACUGUUCAAAUUUUUCAAAAUGUCCACUUCUUGGCAUUCCCACUGCAUUGUUAUUCUGUAGAUUAUCAUAAAUAAUUCAAAUCUCCAAAUUUAGUUUUUCCCCAUAUCUGAAGAUUUUGCCAGUGUUGACUAAUAAUUUUUGUUUAAGGAAGUAGAUUUAAAAAAAGUAAACAAUAAAAUGAAUUGUUUGAAUGUUAGCAAUAGUUUUGGACUAAUUUGCAGGGCAAUUAACUUGCAAUGUGAUUUACAAAUACCCGGAACAACCGAAAGCCAGGAAGAGUUUAUUUUGCUACUAAACUAUCUUAGUGCUAAGGAAAGGCUAUUGGUGGCAAAAUACUUUUGCCAGUUGCCUGCUAACGUAGGUAGCUUUCGUGUCCUCGGCCAGUUGCAGCAACUGCGCAUCCUGACAGCCACGGAGUAUGUUCUUAGCAAGCAGCAGUCUGAUCAACUACAAGUUGAUCUGAUUAUAUUUUUGGAGAGUCAACAUGAGCUUCUUUCCAAUCUGUUUUUGUCGGCUGCAUUUGAUUCGGAGUAUGGCAUGAUAUUAACAUCUAUCCUUAUUGAUGCUUUGCGUAACCUCUUCAUGGGUUUGGCUCGAGAUCCAAAAAUCAGUAAUUUAAGCUAUGUGACGGCUUUGUGUCAAUCAUUGCCCUCUGAUGCAUUGGGUGUGUGUGUGCAUAUGCAUCUGGGCGUCCUGUUGGAGCUGCAUGAGUCGACGGAAAUCGGCGAAGCUUUUGCCAAUUUCAGUGCAUGGAUCAAUGAAGGAGUCGAUGAGCUUACUUUUAUCAGGACAAUUGCUUCGAAGUUAUUGCCUAAGCAUCAACUGGAAGCCCUCAACUACCUCUUUAAACAGUCCGUCGAGGAAAAUUUUAAGAAUUGGAAGUUCUAUAUCAUUCUUCUUCAAGCCAUUGCCAGUUGUGGGCAGACAGAGACUCAGACCUUUAUCAAAAAAUACCUUAAAAGUCGCCUCAUUCACACGGCUACCAUUGGUUGUUUUAGUUCCUUUUUGCAUUUCCUGCUGACAGCGCGUGCAAUAUCGGCUAACACUAUGGAUGUGCAACAAAAUUUGGAGAACUACGCACUAUGGUAUAAGCAAAAUAUAGGCGAGAUGUCUUAUGCUUUGAACAUGGAUAAGUUUCAUGUGGUGUUAAAUAUGCUAAAUGAUUCCCUACAUCUAGAACAAGAAGUGGCGUACCUCGAAAUUCACGUGGCUAUUGCCAUUGCGCCGGGUGGCAAGCUAGUCCAGGCUUAUAAAACUAAAUGCAGAACUCAUUUGUCGCAAUUGAAGGCGGAUGCAAAGCGCAAAGGUGCAGUAAUCGAGUUAGAUUAACAGUAACAUGUAUUUUUUAAAAGCAAUCUACACAAUGUAUCAUUAUAA